UGAAAAAAACAUUCGAAACGGCUUUAUAGUUUUCCACCUAACUGUAUAACCUCAUAUAUUCCAAUAAGAAUUUAUCCCGAGUUGGCAAUGCCGGUUUCUGAGGAGCCAAAUUGACAUCUUGACAGUAAACAGCCAGACAUUUUUGGAGGGACGCAUUAGCCAAAGUAUUCUGAAAUAGUUUUGGUUGAAGAAAAUUAUCCAAAAUGCCCGACGCACCGAAGAUCGAGGCAUUUCUCGAGUUUAUAGAGAUGAAGGAUUUCAAAUCCUACAAAGGCCGCAUAUCAGUAGGACCCUUAAAACAGUUUACAGCCGUCAUAGGCCCGAAUGGGUCAGGCAAAUCAAACUUCAUGGACGCCAUCAGUUUCGUUAUGGGGGAAAAGACCUCUAGUUUGCGUGUGAAGCGGUUGAAUGAUUUGAUCCAUGGCGCAUCGGUUGGUAAGCCCGCGUCGCGUUCUUGCUAUGUUACCGCGAAGUUUUUGGUAGGUCCAGAGAAGGUUCAGAAGAGUUUCUGUCGAGCAGUUGUUUCGGGAUCAUCGGAAUACAGAAUUGAUGACAGCGUUGUUUCGAGCAACACAUAUUUGUCGGAAUUGGAGAGGUUGGGAAUAAACGUGAAAGCGAAGAACUUCCUUGUAUUCCAGGGAGCCGUCGAAAACAUUGCUAUGAAAAGUGCGAAAGAGCGGACAGCCCUCUUUGAAGAAAUAAGCGGGUCCGGUCUGUUGAAAGACGAAUACAAUCGAUUGAAGCAAGAAAUGCACCAAGCCGAGGAAGAGACCCAGUUUACAUAUCAGAAAAAGAAAGGUAUUGCUGCGGAACGUAAAGAAGCUAAAUUGGAGAAAAUGGAAGCUGACCGCUAUGCUCGCCUCAAGAAGGAAUAUGGUGAAAAGCAAAUCCAGUACCAACUAUUCCGCUUAUAUCACAUCGAAAACGACAUUGACAAGCUCAAUGAUGACUUGAAAGCGAAGCAGCAAGAAAUACAUGCUGUCGAGAAGAAGAAGGAAGAGGCAGACGACGUGCUGAAAGAAAAGAAGAAAGAAGCUGGAAAAUUCAACCGUGAAUUGGCGAAAGCGGAGCAGCAAAUUCGUGAAGUGGAAACGGAAAUGAGUAAAAAACACCCGCUGUUCAUAAAGGCGAAAGAAAAAGUUUCUCACUGCGAGAAGAAAUUGGCGUCCGUGCUGAAAACUUUAGACCAGGCCCGAAAAGCCGAUGAGGCUCACCAGGCAGACAUUCGUGUGUUGGAGAAGGAACUCGAAGGUAUCGAAGAAAUGAAACGUAAAUUCGAGGAAGAAAUCGAACAAGAAUCGCAGCGUCGUGGUAGUAAUGUGCACAUGGACGAAGGACUUGUCUCAGAAUAUGAUCGCCUCAAACAACAAGCGGAGUCGACAGCGACACAAUAUCGUUCAAAUUUGGAUUCAAUAAAUCGCGAACAAAAGUCCGAUCAGGAUUUACUUGAUAGUGAAGUUAAUCGCAAGGCUUCAGUAGAAGAACAGUUGAAAAAGUGCAGUCUGCAACGUGACGAAGCGGUAAAACGCAAGGAAAAGUUGAUGGAUCAUAUCAAAUCAAGCCAAGCUGCGUUGGAGGAUCAGAACCGGAUUAAGGACGAAUUACGACGUGAUGUAGGAUCGUCCAAAGAGAAGAUUGCAGACAAACAACGUGAACUCGAGUCGGUUCGCGAUCAAUUGGGAGACGCCAAAGUUGAUAAACACGAGGAUGCAAGGCGUAAGAAAAAACAAGAAGUUGUUGAAUUGUUCAAACGAGAAGUUCCAGGAGUGUACGAUCGAAUGAUUAACAUGUGUCAGCCAACGCACAAACGAUAUAAUGUGGCUGUCACUAAGGUUUUGGGAAAGUAUAUGGAAGCUAUUAUUGUUGACACAGAAAAAACGGCUAGACGAUGCAUUCAGAUUUUGAAAGAAAAGAUGUUAGAAGUCGAGACCUUUUUGCCACUGGAUUAUCUACAAAUCAAACCGUUAAAAGAGCGUUUACGUAACAUAAGCGAACCACGAAAUGUUAAAUUGGUGUUUGAUGUUUUGAAAUUUGAUCCGCCAGAGAUUGAGAGGGCGGUUCUUUUCGCAACAAACAAUGCUCUCGUAUGUGAAACUCCUGAAGAUGCAAUGCGAGUGGCAUACGAAAUAGAUCGCAGUCGCUACGAUGCACUUGCUCUGGAUGGAACAUUCUAUCAAAAGUCUGGCAUCAUUUCUGGAGGUAGCCAUGAUCUGGCCAGAAAAGCAAAACGUUGGGAUGAGAAACAUAUGGCUCAACUGAAAAUGCAAAAGGAGAAGUUGAAUGAAGAACUGAAAGAGUUGAUAAAACAAUCCAGGAAGCAAAGUGAACUGGCAACUGUUGAGAGUCAAAUUAAAGGCCUGGAAAAUCGCCUCAAAUACAGCAUGGUUGAUUUGGAAUCAUCGAAAAAAACAAUCAGUCAGUUCGACAGACAACUUCAAGAUCUUCAGGAUUCGGUUCAGGAGUUUGGCCCUAAGAUAGCUGAGAUCGAACGUCGUAUGCUAAAACGUGACCAAAAGAUUCAGGAGAUAAAAGAGAACAUGAAUAACGUAGAGGAUAUAGUAUUUGCCAACUUUUGUCGCCGCAUCGGCGUUCAGAACAUUCGCCAGUUCGAGGAACGUGAAUUAGUUAUGCAGCAAGAGCGGGCUAGGAAACGUGCCGACUUUGAGCAACAAAUCGAUACGAUCAACACGCGGUUGGAUUUUGAAAAAGAGAAAGAUACUCGAAAGAACGUUGAACGUUGGGAACGAACUGUUCAGGAUGAGCAGGAUGCUCUAGAGGGACUAAAAUCAGCCGAAGCCCGUUAUCGCAAGGAAAUCGACCAGGAUAAAGAUAAAAUUGAACAACUUAAGCAGCAGAAGCAAACCAAGAAAUCUGCUUCAGAUGAGAUGGAGGAAGAAAUUUCAAAAGCUCGUCGAGAUGUUGCUAAUUUAGCUAAGGAAAUUCAUAAUCUAACCAGCCAAGCUUCGAGUAUUGAGUCGAAAAUUGAGACGAAGAAAAAUGAACGUCAUAACUUGCUCUUGCAGGCUAAGAUGGACUGUUUGAGAAUACCACUUCUAAGAGGAUCGUUAGAUGACGCUGUCCGUCAGAGUGACUCAGAGAAUCCAAGCACAACUACUUCAAUGAUAUUGGAAAAAGAAAACAAUAUUGAGGUUGAUUACUCAUCUUUACCGCGAGAAUACACAAAACUAAAAGAUGAUUCAGCAUUCAAAAAAGUGAAUGAAUCACUACAAAAGGAGCUGCAAUCAAAAUUGGACACUUUGGAACGAAUUCAAACACCAAACAUGAAGGCUAUGCAAAAGUUAGAUCACGUCUCUCAGAAGGUGGCAUCGACAAAUGAGGAGUUCGAAAAUGCUCGUAAAAAAGCCAAGAAAGCUAAAGCGGCAUUUGAGAAAAUUAAAAAUGAACGCACGGACAAAUUUAAUCGAUGCAGUGUACAUGUGGCUGAAGCGAUAGACGGCAUUUACAAACAAUUGGCAAGAAACGAUGCUGCACAGGCUUAUCUUGGACCUGAUAAUCCAGAAGAGCCAUAUUUGGAUGGUAUCAACUAUAAUUGUGUUGCACCUGGUAAACGUUUCCAACCGAUGAGUAAUCUUAGCGGUGGAGAAAAGACAAUUGCUGCACUUGCUCUUUUAUUUGCGAUACACAGUUUCCAACCCGCACCAUUUUUCGUACUGGAUGAAAUCGACGCAGCUUUAGAUAAUACUAAUAUCGGAAAAGUUGCAUCUUACAUUCGUGAAAAUACUACAAACUUGCAGACAAUUGUUAUAUCGCUCAAAGAGGAAUUCUAUGGUCAUGCUGACGCACUUGUUGGCAUCUCACCAGCUGUCGGAGAUUGUCUCAUUUCGAACGUGUAUUUGUUCGAUCUUAAAAGUUUCGAUGAAUCAGUUUAAGAGGAACAAUUAGAUUCUUAAGUUAAAGGGCCAAGAGCAUUUUCAAAUUAUUCUACUUUAUAUAUGACCUUUAUUAUAUACCAAUAAAGUUAAUUAUUUAGAAACAGAA